AAUAAAUUUUGGUUUUUUUUAAAGUCUUCGGCUGCAGUAAACUUAACUGGCGCAGUCGGUAGGAUCUCGAGUCAGUUCGUGCGCGACAAGAUUUCCGCUAUAUCCCGGUUCGAGUCCCGCGUGACUGACUGGCAUUCCAGCCCUCAUCGAGAUCGUCGAAUCUACGGAAUCUGCAGCCCGGAGGUGUAUCCGAACAUUGAUACAGCAGAAAAACCAAGAUAUGUAUAUCCCUAUGUAGCAAUUCAGGAAACUGAUUCUAUGUACAUAGCGACAGAAUGUCCGAAGGUCAACACUUGGUACAUAUGCAAAGAAGAGCUGCAACAAAAGAUUCGAGACAAUGAAGAUUGUAUCCAGCAUCUCAUCAUGGACCAGUCAAUCAGUUCAUCUUGUCAAUUCAUUCAUGCAAACCUUACCAGCUCAGCCCUCGAGAAGCUAGACGAUCAACACUAUACUAUCAGCCUGCCAACCACAACCAGACUACAUAUAUCCUGUAGACAAGAGUAUUACAAGAAUCUCCAAGGAACCUAUCUAGUGUCCGUCCCGCCUAGUUGUAUGUUGAAAACGUUGGACUUUGUUAUCUCAAACGUUCAGAAUCGUAUUAAAGGACACGCUGUACAAAUAGCGGAACUACCAACUGAGGAGCUCGCCACAUCAAAGCUUCAGCCAACUGUAAGACUAAACUCCAUCAAUUUAGAACAUAUACAUGAGACGAACGCUAAGAUAUCGCUACAGCAUCCUGCGACAUUACAGAAAAACGAUCUGAGCAGCCUCUACCAUACUACUAUACCUUCAUAUACGUUAUUAUUUGGAACAUUCAUAUUCGCCCUCAUCCUGACAUUAUACUGGAAACUCCGUCGCAGAAGUUCAAAAUCAAAGGAUGAAGAUAUCCCGAAGGCUGAUUAUCCCGAUGGACAUUAUUCCCGUAUCCAAGACAUCAAGCCUAAAGAUGUGAAAAUCGACAUCAGCAACAUUCCGGCAAUAUCCUCAGUAAGACCUACGGAUAGUUGCCGAUCUGCGGGGGGAGGCGUUACGCGCAGCUAAUACAUGUAAAGUGCAGCGCAAGCGCCGGCCUGGAUGCACCGCGUGACGACAGUCGCCUACACGUGCCGCCGAGUCAGCGCAACGUGCCUUCAAAUCCGGGAAUUGCGCGACACAUCGCGCAAUACUCACUUUUGGUUCUAACAUCGACCAUUAGACUUCAUUUUAGUUUUAUGUUGUAAUUUUAUUUCAUUUAAUAAAUUAGUUAAAUAAA